AUUAGUAAAUGCCAUUACUUUGUAAAAUACAUUCCAUAAUAUCUAGCUCCAUCUUCCCAUAUGAAGGGCUCAGCGGAAAAGUGGUGUAACCCACAUUUUUGAAAUUUUUCAGAUAAUCACUGCAAACCAUACAUUGAGUAUGUAGUUUGUUGUGGAAAAAGUGCUGAACCCAAAAAUCCAUCCAAACAGUGCUGCUAUCUAUAAGCAUAUUUACUUUAACAGAAAAAUAAAAUUUGAAUUGUGGAAAAGUUGCGUAUCCCACAAUCAACAUGGCAAAGAUGAACAGCUCAAAUUUGGAAGACUUUAUAAUGAAAAGUGGUUGUUAUGGUUUAGGUGCAGAUAAGAACCCUUCUUUAGCAAAUGAUAUUAGCAAAGAUUCAAGUAUUGGGGAUCAAUAUGUUGAAAAAAAUGCAAGAUCUAUAUCUAUAUUAACAGGAGUUAAUGAUGCAAAUGUUAAUAUAGUUGGAGAAGUAGGAGGGAACGACAGCUUCUCCCAGGAAGUACGAGAAGAAACCCAGUCUCUUUCGAGAAACAAAAGCAGACAGACAGACAUAUUCGUAAGCAAAUUGCCCAUCCAGAACUACACAAAAGAAAUAUUCUGAAACAGAAAAGGUUAACAGGGAAGGUUAUGUUACAACAAAGGGCAAAGUAGUUGAACCAAAGAUUUUUAUUAACAAAGAUUGUGGUUGCAAUCUGGAGUGCAGCAGUAAAAUAACAGUUGCAUGCCGUAAUCAAAUUUUUUCUAACUUUUACACCACGAAUACACCACUUUUACACCAUGAACUGGGAUUUAAAAAACGCCUUUAUAAUGGGUUCUGUUGAUGUAAAAGAAAAACACAGUACAUAUACUGCAUCAAAUAACUUACGUAGGGCAAAUAGUUGUUCCUAUAAACUAACUGAUGAAUGUGGAAAUGUUAAAAAGAUUUGCAAAACAUACUUCACAGGCACAUUGCAGAUCCCUGAUGGAACAAUAAAAAAUAUUUUAGCAAAGAAAAAACAGAUGGUACACCUAUCGAAGAACGCAGGAGUAAAUCGGCUCUACAAAAUAAAAGUAUUGAUGAAGACAACAAACAUCUUCAAAGUUUUAUUUGCUUAUUUCCAACAUACCAAUCACACUAUAACCGAAGGGACAACCAGUACAGAAAUUUUUUGCCUCCAACUUUACGAAUGUCAACGAUGUACGAGAAAUAUAUUCGCAGUUGCAAAGAAAAUAAUCGCAACCAACUUUUUUAUUUCGACACAUAUUUAAUACAAAAUUCAAUUUUUAUUUUCAUCUACCACAAUCAGGUACAUGUCAAAAAUGUGAUCUAUUUAACAAUAAAAUUAGGUGUCUUUCAGAGGGUGAAGAAAAGAACACUGCUAGGAGGGACCUUAUUAUUCAUCAAGAGAUGGCUGAAAAGGCAAAAGUAAAAAUGAAAGAAGAUACACUAGAUGCACAGACAAAUUCAUACAAGAGGGUAUUAGUUUUUGACUUACAAAAAACUCUACCAACACCAGUGCUUAGUACAGGAAUAGCCUACUAUAAAAGGCAAAUGUGGACUUACAAUCUUGGAAUCCAUGAUGAAAACUUAAAAACAGGAUUUAUGUAUGUAUGAAGUGAAGAACAAGCAUCCAGAGGUACUCAAGAGGUUUCGAAACAUACCAGAAACUGUGACCCAUUUAAUAUUAUAUAGUAACAGUUGUGGUGGCCAAAAUCGUAAUAUAAAAAUGUCUCUUAUGUAACAAUAUAUUUUGCACAAAUCUCCAUCUCUGAAAACCAUUAAACGGAAAUUUUUUGUACCAGCGCAUAGUUUUUCCUCCGACCGAGACUUUGCUGUGAUUGAAAAAGCCAAAAAAAUGAAGGAUCAAAUAUUUGUUCCAUACCAUUGGAUAGACCUUAUUAAAAAUGCAAAGAAGAGAGCCCCAAAAUUUAUUGUAUGAAAAACGGACACCCAUAAAUUUUUCAGUACAAAAUCAUUGGAGAGUGGGAUAACCAAUAGAAAAAAAUUAAUAAAUAGCGAAAAAGUUUUAUGGCUAAAGGCAUGCUGGAUAAAAAUUGAAAAAGGAUCACCAAGCUUAUUUCAAAUGAAGCAAACGCAUUUAGAAAGUGACAGAUUUAUGUUGCUGGACGUAACAAUGCGAAAUCGUGGACGGCCAUCUGGCACUAUCAAUGUUGAACUUGAGUCUUUGUAUCCCAAUGGUAGAAAACUCACAAAAGAAAAGCUAAGUGAACUUUUUGGGCUAGAACAAUUCAUAUCGCCUGUCCAUCAUCCCUAUUAUUUUGCUCUUAAAGGGGAUGAGGAGACAACUGAUUUGGGUCUAACGGAUGAUUCUGGUGACGAAGACAUAAAUUAGUGAAUGCUACAUAUAUAAAUUUUUUUUGUAGAUAUACCAGUGUAUUUUUUUACCUGUCUUUAUAAUAAAUACCAUCCUUCUGAUAA